AUGGUAGAGGAGUGUAGGAUUUUACUUGACAAUGUUGUUGUGCAGCCUAAUGUUUCUGACAGGUGGCAGUGGGAUCCAGACAUCCAUGAUGGAUACACAGUGAGAGGUGCAUAUCAUGCUCUGACAUCUACGGGCACUCACACUAUUGAUGCAUCAGAAAAUCUUGUAUGGGUUAAGCAGGUUCCAUUGAAGGUUUCCAUUGUUGCUUGGAGAUUACUGAAAGACAGACUUCCAACGAAACUCAACCUCCAAAGGCACGAUAUUCUUCAGGCCGCAGACACUUUGUGCGUUUUGGGUUGCGGCAACAACGAGUCUACGUCACAUUUGUUCCUUCAUUGCGCUGUUUUUGGCUCGUUAUGGCAGCAUAUUAGGUCUUGGAUUGGCGUGUGUGGAACAAAUACUCAAAAUAUUAGUGACCAUUUUCACCAAUUUAUUCAUUAUACAAGUCAUUCAAAGGCGCGACGAUCAUUCCUUCAACUACUCUGGCUCCUUUGUGUUUGGCUAGUGUGGAAUGAAAGAAACAACAGAUUGUUCAAUAACAUUGAAACACCUAUUGAUAAGCUCUUAGGAAAAGUGAAAUAUCAUUCUUUGUGGUGGUUAAAGUCCAAUAAAACCACUUUUGUGUACGGUCCUCAGAAUUGUUGGUCGAACCCUUUAUCUUGUCUAGGUAUCGACUGA